AUGUACGCGAGAGUUGUAACGUUGGUGCUAAUUCUCGCCUACAUAGAAUCUAUACAAAGUUUUGAUUCAAGGAAUGUUGUGUUCACAAUAGUGAGCCAGCCGGAGCCUUACCACGCCAGUGUCGCCAAGCGACUCAAACAGGACAUUGAGAGCCAAGUGAUGCAACUUGAAAAUCGAUAUCCAAAAACUCACAUAACACACGAGGACUUCCCGGUAGCUGGUGCAUGGACGAUCCUGCCUCUCCUAGGGCCUCUAACGUCACGGUAUAGGCGUAGUGACGUCAGAUGGGUGCUGUUCGUGGAGACCCAUACUGCAGUACGCUGUGACAAACUCAUUCAGGCUCUUGCGGCCGCUGAUAAACUGGAGGACGUGAUGUGGAUAGGCUACCCUCUGAGUGAUGAGGAGCCGACUAUCAUACACCACUUCACUUUCUACGACGACCUGGAAGAGGAAGGUGGCUUCGUGUACCCAAACUUUGCGAGUGGUUUCGCCAUGAGGAUAGAACUUAUUGAAAUCCUCCUAAAGCAGAUAGAAAGCGGGCAACGUCGCCUGGAGGCAGAUUUCUCAAUAGACCCAGCAUUUGAACUGGCACAGCUGGUAUACGGAGGUGGUACAGACCCUGGACCUCUGCUGACACCAGACCUUAGCUUCUGCAUAGUGUCUGGAGACAAUUGUGCCACCUAUCCAAGGCAGUUUGAUAUAUGUGGCAGUGCCAUACCUGAACACUCGAUAUACUUCGCCGUGAAGACUUGGAGUGGUUUCCACAACUCCAGGGCCAGGGUUGUCAAGAAGACUUGGGGGAGACAUGUGACCCACUUGGUGUUCUAUAGUGAUAAAGAUGAUUCGUCGCUCCCGGCGGUCAGCACAGGUAUACCAAACAGUAAGACUGGACACUGCGCCAAAACUAUGGCCAUCUUGAAAAUGGUGCUCAAAAGAGUGAACAACAUGCCACAUAUCAAGUGGAUAUUUUUAGCGGAUGAUGACACUAUACUUGGAGUCCAAAGGCUGUGUGAAGUCCUCAGUUGCUACCGUGGUGGAGCCGAUGUGACGGUACUUGGGGAGAGGUAUGGGUACGGGUAUGGGAAGAAAGAAACUGCUGCGAAAGGUUACGACUACAUAACGGGCGGUGGGGGCACGGUGCUGAGCGUGGGCGGCGCGCGCGCCGUGCUGGCGUGUUCGUGCGGCGCGGCCGUGUCUGCGCGCGCGGCGCCCGACGACAUGACGCUCGGCGCAUGCGCACACCAUCGACUCAACAUCUCCAUGACUCAUUCCCCGUUGUUUCAUCAGGCCCGACCCCAAGACUAUCCUCGCGAGGUAUUAACAAGAGACCGUCCAGUAUCCUUCCACCGCCACUCCUCACCAGAACCGACCAGGGUCUACGCCACCUGGUUCCAACACGAUGACCUGGCCAUCAGGAAGACGAGGAAGAGAGAUGAACUUUGAAGAACAAAGAUGGCUGCUCAAAAAUGACAGUUUGGUAAGAUUUACAGUUUAUUAUUGAAGAUGAUUUUGGUAAGAAAAGAAUGCAUUUAGGUAUAUUUCU